AUGAUUGAAGAAAGUUUUCUUCAGAAUGAAAAUGAAGACUUCGGUGAAUAACUUCUUGAGGAUUUUAUAAUAAUCAAAAAAUUAGGAACAGGAGCCUUCAGCAAAGUGUAUAUGGUUUAAUAUCAGGAAUCAAUCUAUGCGUUGAAAGUAUAGUUCAAAUUGUUAUAGGUUGUUGAUAAAUAAUCAGCUACUGGAAAUAAUAUUGUUGACAAGCUUAAUCAAGAAGCCACCAUACUUAGCACUCUAGAGCAUCCAAAUAUCGUUUAAUACUACAAGACAAUUGAAUCAAAGAGAAAACUUUAUUUUCUGAUAGAAUACAUUGAAGGCAAAUCGCUUCAGGAGUGUAUUGAUUAAUCAUUGACUGACUCUUAAAUUAGAUAGAUUAUCUAAUAAAUCAUAUAUGCUGUUGCAUAUAUUCAUAAAAAAGGUAUAAUUCAUAGAGAUCUAAAACCUGAUAACAUUUUGAUUGAUAAAGAAUGGAAUGUGAAAAUAAUCGAUUUCGGAUUGAGUUUCAAAACAAUAAAAUCAACUACUCAUGAAACCUGCGGAACAUUAAUUUAUAUGGCACCAGAAGCAUUAAUGAAAAAGGAAUACUUCAAAUCUGUAGAUAUAUGGAGUCUUGGAAUUAUACAAUAUAUGAUGUUUGCAAACUGUCAUCCAUUUUGCACAGAUGAUACAAGAGAGACCUUUUUAAAGAAAAUGAAGACUCCUUAGAUUGCAUGUUAUCCCGAAAAUAUGAGCAAAGCGGCUAUUUCAUUUUUUGAAAAAACUGCAGCAUGGGAACCAGAGGCUCGUCUUACGGCUGAAUAAGCCCUUAUUCAUCCCUGGAUUAGCGGUGUUAAUAGUUAAAUGCCGAUGUCAUCGAAAGAUAUCAUCCAAACAUUUAAAUGUUAGAAUCAAUUCCAUCAAAUGAUAAAAAUGUUGAUGAUACUUAAAUUGAUACAGAAAGUUAGCUAAAAACGUGAUUCGUUAUAAACACAAUAGCUUAGAGCUCACUCUUAGUUUUAGCAUAAUUUAAAACCUUUGGUUGUUACUUCAAGAAAUCCAAGUUCUUAAUAAAAAUUGAAAACAGAAUCUUAAUAACUCCAACCACCAUUAUCUGCCCACAGAACUACUCUAUCAAGAGUUCAGAGCAAUGCUUCUUUUCUUAGUUGUUCAGAUUAACCAAGAGAGGAUGCGAGAUUAAAAUAAAUGAAGAGCAAACAAUAGCAAUUUAAAUUACCACCAAUAAACACUAAAUCUGCAAACAAUUCGCCUUAUAAUAGUAAAUCUCAGUAAAUGUUCACCUUCAGUCCAUAUAAGAAAGUACAAGCAACCGGAGAGCUUAAGAAGUCAUAAUUUAAAUUAUGA